CCAACGGCCUCGUGAGAUAAAAUCCCUAAAUAAGCGCGCUAUCAGCAAUUUUAUCGUUUCAAAAAACGCCAAACGUUACAUACGACCAAAUAAAGUAAUUUAUGUGUUGAAAGUGAAUAAUUUUCCGCGAUACUGACGUUACGACAGGUAACUAGUUCUGUUGGCGGAGGCACAUUGAGGUACGGUCGCGAUUCGUUGUUUCCAAAUGUGGCACGCGCAGCGUAAGUUCAGUUGAGGUUUGAUUGAUGGACUGUAGGCGGAAACUAUACGCUGCAAACUUUGUACGAUGGUCGUAAGGGGCUAGUUCUGGAGGUUUGUUUUUGAACAUCACGAGCUGCCUAAAUCGUGGCUUUCAAACAGAAAAAAAUAUAUAUCCGUCCUCAAACUCCAGAUCCCGCGCGCUUUGCCUGCUGAGUUGAGCUAAUGUGUUUUAGCCUAGCAUAUGUGAGGUAAGUUCGGUAUCGAGGGAAGCGAUCUGCUGGGUUUGAUCUGGGAUCUGCUCGGAUCUCUACACCUACCGCGGGCGAUGUUAGGGGGAAACGGGACGGCCAGAGGGGCUGGGCGCUCCGGUAACGGCGCGGGGUUGACCCAUCUACAGGUGGGCAGCACAUCUGGGGCUUUGGGGGCGGUCAACUCUGCUAUAAACCUGCCCGACGGGGUCAGAUACGACGACAGGCCGUCGGUGGAGGCUGUGCUGAGCGGCUCCGACGGAGACUCGGACUCCGUGGACGAUGAGGAGAGUCCCGCGGUGGACAGGAGAGGGGUGAAGCGGGAGAGGAGUGAGAUGGAGGUCGGGGGAUCCUCGGGAUCUCACGCGGGACUGUCGGCGGGAUACGGAGGGGUUUCCUCCGGGGUGGCCGGUGCUAAACCGGGCAAGAAAACGCGAGGACGGGUGAAAAUUAAGAUGGAGUUUAUUGACAACAAGCUGAGGAGAUACACGACCUUCAGCAAGAGAAAGACUGGCAUUAUGAAGAAGGCUUACGAAUUGUCCACCUUAACGGGGACGCAGGUUUUGCUCCUGGUUGCUAGCGAGACGGGCCAUGUCUACACAUUUGCCACGCGAAAACUUCAGCCCAUGAUCACCAGUGAAACGGGUAAAGCCCUCAUCCAGACCUGCCUAAAUUCCCCUGAUUCUCCACCCCGUACGGACCCUUCAACAGACCAGCGGAUGAGUGCCACGGGAUUCGAGGAGACGGACCUCACCUACCAGGUCUCAGAGGCUGAUGGUCUCACAGAGCCAAAGGAAAUGAUCAAGCCGACGUUCACAGCUGCCUCUUUACCUGGAGGCACCGGCACCAACAGCACCACCACACAGUCGUCGGCCUCUUCCUCUCCCUCCUCGUCCUCUGUCUCCAUGCACACUCAGAGCAGCACCACCUGCUGGCCAGUGGCCGCGGGGAUGAACGUUCAGAGCGUCUCCAGUGCGAACGGGACAGUGCUCAAGAGCUCUCCGGCAGGAGUCAUGCAGCUGCCCGGCGGAUUCACGCUCAUGCCAGGCGCUUCUCUUCCUCCUGGCACACACACUAUUCCUCUCAGUCAGCUGCAGACACACUCUCUGGCCAUACAGUGUCCACAGACGCAAAACAGCAGCAGCUCCGCCACCGCCGCUGUCCCCGCACACACACAAGCCGGCACACAGGCCACGCUCUUCCGCCUGCCGGCCGCAGUCUCGCUCACAGGUGGUGCGAUGCCUCAACAGUUACAGACCAUCCAGGUUCACUCCAGUCCUCUAAGCAGUGACAGCAGUCCAGAGAUCAGCCAUACCUCCAGCAGCUCCGCUGCAAGCCACACCGCUACGAUAGUCACUUCCUCAGUGCCUUCUUCAGUGGCAGGUCACAUGAUGUACCCUGGAGCGCACGUCAUGUACGCUACAUCCACCCCUACCCUUGCCGACGGGGGUCUGACUGUGCUCAAUACCUUCUCGCAAGCACCCGGCACGAUGCACGUGUCCCACACACCAGCUCAAGACUCAGGUGCAGUUCCUCAGAUGUUUCUCACGGGACCUCCUGGAACUGUACAGAUCCCAGUUUCAGCCGUUCCACUACAUUCGAUGUUAAUAAACCAGCAGCCCACCGGUAGCAGCAGCGCCACCCUCACGGAGCUGCGGGUGGUGAAUCUGGACAAUCCCAAAGGAGACUGACCCGUAACGCAUGAGGCCGGUGUGACCGUUCACUCACACUGAUAUUCCAGGGAUCACUCAUGCCAUGCAAUCAGACUGCCAUUAUAUUUAUUACUGCCUUCUCGCUGCGUGGGGUUCACAAACCCCUCACAUACGUCAAUAGUGAGGUGUAAUGGGACGUUUGAAGGAUGAUCGCGUCUCCUCACGGACUCGUUUUGGUGGGUAGUGUGAUAAUGGAUGAUUUUUGUUCUCACACGCUUCUAUACAUCAGGAUUUCAUAGAGACGUCUGCAGUAUCGCUGCUGGGUCUUCACCUGUUUUUGCCGAAAGGUGUACAAUUAUGUUCACUUUCAGUAAAUUCAGAUCUCUUCGCUGUACAACAGUCGAAGGAUCUUCAGUUCAAUCUUUCUUUUUCUUUUGGGAAUGCCUCUCUUGAUCUGAUUUGUAAUUCAUUUUUCUUUUGAGGUCAAAAAUGGAUUCUUUCCAGAAUUUAUGUUGUGAAAUCAGCUCUUUGGUAUAGUUUCAAUGGCGGUUUGUGUGUUAUUUAUCGCUUUAAGGAAUGUUUCACUCAGAAAGGACAAUUCUGUCAUCUUCAGAUGCAAAAGGAGUUAUUUUGCAGAAUGUCCAACCUCCUUUCCAUUUAAAUAAAUGGUGACUGAUG